AUGGACAGAUCGAAUUAUGCUCAGGACUUGUUGCCCAUUGCGAACAAAGUCCGAGCAGAGCAGAUCAAGAGCAGGAGACUUGGCAUUCCGUAUAUCACCAUUGCGGACUCUGUCAACGGACUAAUGAUAUCCGGUGGCACCCUGUUCCCUGGGUCAAUUUCAAUGGGCUCAACGUGGAACAUUCCGCUCUACGAGCAAGCUGUUGCCGCUAUUCGAGACGAGAAUGUUGCUAUGGGCACUCAUUGGGUCUUGUCGCCUGAGGUUGACCUUGCGAAGAAUCCCAGAAAUGGUCGGAAUGGCGAGAUGUUUGGCGAAGAUCCGUACAUUGUUUGCGAGUUUGCCACACACUACAUCAACAAGAUGCAGGAGAAGGACGAGAACGGUUUUGUCAAAGUCGCCACAACAAUUAAGCACUGGGUUUAUGGGUCUAGUAACGGCGGCGUCAACACGGCCAGCAUGCAAGGAGGUUUGAACCACCUUUUAAACGACAUUGGCGCUCCUUACGCCAAAGCUUUAAAGGAGUCCAGCCCUAUGUCCCUAAUGGUUUCCUACGCAAGCAUCGACCAGAUCCCCAUGUCUAUGAACAAAUAUCUCAACAAGAAGACCCUUCGAGACUUGCUAGGCUUCAAAGGGCUAAUUAUGUCCGAUGCCGGCUCCAUCCGGAACAUGUACACGCAAUCCAAGGUUGCCAAGUCCUUCUCAGAUGCUGGUCUGAAGGCCCUUCGCGGCGGCCUGGAACACGAGCUGUCUCCACGACCUCCAUCUGUCUUUCCAAUCCAUAAACUCGGUAAAUGA